CCAAGUCUGGUCACACUUAGCUGGUGAAGUAUCUUUGGAAGAAGAGUUUUUCAGGAAUUUAUUUAUAAAACAUAAAUAAAUCGUAUCAAAUAAUUACGUACAUACGUUAUAAAUGUUUGGAAACACGUUGUUGGUGUUUUGUAUAAUAGGAUAGUUGAAAAUAGAGCUCAAAUGGCAGCUAACAACAGCAACAUGCACAAUCUAGGAGCGCUGCAGGUGCCGCCAUCGGUGAUCGCCUCUACCGGUUCUGUGGGCUCCAUGAUGCAGCCGAGCACCAGCGCUCAGAGUGCCUGGGAUCAGUUAACGGCGAGUGCGUCUAACAAUAUGACACCGUCGCCUACGUCAACGGCUGCAGCUACAACGGCAGCGGCCGCGUCUACAUCGGAUGCAGCUGGACACAUGAUGAGCGCUGGUAGCUCACCGGUGCCCAGUUGCUCGUCACCAUCGACGCCGACAAAAUCACAUCAUGCGCCGCCCACGUUGGAGGCGAUGGCUCACACGCCGCAAGGCCCGCCAACACUUGGACCUGGUGGUUAUGGUGAGGAGCUAACAGGUGAACUUGUUAAUCAGGGUUGGCGGAAGUUCUGGUCGAAGCGCGAGAAUCGACCUUACUACUGGAACAAGGUUACAGGCGAAUCGCUUUGGGAAAUGCCCGGCGCGCGUCCCUUUGAUCCGCUUACCGAUCCAUUGGGCAUUUGCCAUGCUGGGGGCGGCGGUGUUGGUGGUCCAACGCCCAUGACGCCGCACCAACAGCAACACCAUCAUCAUUUGAAGCGUCGGCCCUCAGAUGACAUGCAUAUACACCCGCACCCGCACCAUCAACAGAUGCAGCAGCAGCACAUGGGUCCGCAUGGUGGGGGUCCGCCUAUGAAGAAAUUUGUGUUGGCCGGUCCCUGGGAUCUGGAGGUCUGCACCAAUGCAGUAAUUGUUGAGCGCCCGCCUACGUUACUUCCCCAACCGCACCCAGAGAUCGAGGCAUUGCGCGCCGCCUUCAGCAUGAAGCUGCUCAAGACAUACGAGGAUCUAUGCAUGCGUAGAGAGAAUAUUAAGGCGCCGCGGGACUCCUUUAAUCGCUGGCUGAUGGAACGAAAGGUCAUAGACACCGGCUGCGAUCCGUUGCUGCCCAGCAACUGCAUGCCCGAAAUCUCCAGCUCCAUGUAUCGCGAGAUCAUGUCCGAUAUACCCAUCAAGAUUGUCAAGCCCAAGUUCACGGGCGAUGCACGCAAGCAGCUGUCACGUUAUGCGGAGGCGGCCAAACAGAUCAUCGAAUCGCGGUCAGCGCCAGCGGAGUCUAAGAAGGUUGUCAAGUGGAAUGUGGAGGACACAUUUCAAUGGCUCCGCCGCACAGUGGGCGCUAGCUAUGAGGAUUUCCAGGAUCGUUUGGCGCAUCUAAAGCGCCAAUGCGAACCCCAUUUGGUGGAAACUGUUAAGAGCUCUGUGGAAACCUUAUGCAUUAAGAUAUACCAUCUAUCAGCGGAGCAUGCUCGUAAAAUACGUGAACGUCAUCUGCAGCUGCUCAAGGAGCAUGGCAUACCGGAACCAACGCCACCACCCCCGCCGCCCCACCUGAAGAAAGUGUGGUGCUAUCCUAUACAGUUUGCGGUGCCUUCGCCUCGCAUGCCGGCCAUUGAGUAUCUGCAGGAUCGUGAUCAUAUGAUCAUAAAGUAUACGCCCGCGACCAUCAAUCAGCCGGAUGCGCAAUAUAUCAACCUCACCUAUCUCCAAAAGCUGGAACAGCUUUAUCGUCACAAUUGCUUCGACGACAAAAAAUUUGAUCUGUUCAUUGGCCGGGUCUGGUGCCUGCUUAAGCGCUAUCAGACCUUCUUAGGUAAUACGUUAAACUCAUCCCAGGAGGCGGAGCUCACACAGGCUGCAUUGCCAGUGCCCGUCUUCGAGUGCCUGCACAGGCAUUUCGGUGUUAGCUUUGAAUGCUUUGCAUCUCCGUUCAAUUCCUAUUUUCGGCAAUAUUGCUCAGCAUUUGCGGACACGGAUGCCUACUUCGGUUCCAGAGGACCAUUUUUGGACUUUAAGCCAGUGUCCGGUUCCUUCCAAGUGAAUCCGCCGCAUUGCGAAGAACUUAUGGAUGCCUGCCUUUUGCAUGUUGAUAAACUGCUUACAGAUUCCAUGGAGCCUUUGAGCUUCAUUGUGUUUCUGCCAGAGUGGAAGAGCAUAUCGAAGCUGGAGGAGAGCAUGUACAAGCGCCGCUCAAUGGUUGUGCUGGGCAUGGCGCACGAAUAUCGACAUGGCUAUCAGCACAUGAUGCAAAAAUCUGAGGUGCUCAUUAAGUGCAUGCAGGGCACUCAAGUGGUUUGGCUGCAGAAUAGCGCUGGCUAUGCGCGCUGGGGACCCAAUGAGAAUCGUGUUGAGGCGCUGCGAGAAGCUUUCCGGCCGCAGCGCGAUCGUGAGCGUGAACGUGCUGCUGCUGCAGCAGCUGCGACUGGCAGCAAUUCCAAUCAUCAGCAGCAACAACAGCAAUCGCCGCCGUCUUCUUCAACGCCGCAAUCAACGGGUUCUUCGUCUGUUGCCAUACCAACACCUGCCACGCCCACAACAGCAAAUAACAUUAAUAGCACAUCGGCAGCUGUAACCGUUGCCAUCACAACGAGCUCCAACAGCAUCGGCAGCCCUGUAUCCACAACGUCUUCCGUGCUAACGCCCCUAUCACCGCAUACUCCGACCGGAACACCAUCGCAAUUUCCGCUGACCAUCAGCAAUACGAGCAGCAGCAGCAAUUUGGUAGCUGCCUCGCCCACGAUGAGUGUUCAAAGCGAUUGCUCAUCCCCGUCGUCUUCGACAAUGUCCUUGUCGCCUGCCCCAGCCUCAGGCGGUUAUCCGGAUGGUGGCACCACAGCAGCAGCGGCUGCUGUUAGCAUAACGGCAAGCGCCAGCACAUCGGCUGCAGCGACAUUUGGACCGACAACUAGCAUUAAUAGUACGGCGGUCAUCAAUUCAGCUGUUUAGAAUGGAAAGGAAACCAUUUUUGUAAACUAUUUGUCUAAAUUCUUUAAGCUAACUGUGCACCAUGGGGCUAAGUACCACUAUUGUGUUUCCUUCGAUAAGCUAUUCUAUUUUAGGCAUAGUUCUUUAAUUAAUUAACAUGAGGGACUUCACUGUUUAAGACUUUUGACUACAGCAAGUUAAGAAACAAAACCAGUUAUUUAAAGGUCAAGUUUAUCUUAUCAGAAUGCCCUCGAAAUUAAUGGUUACAAGUUUAAAGUUGAAUAAUUGUACAUAUGUUUUUUAUUAAUUAUAAAUAGCUGAUACUUAACCACGGCCUGGCUGUUGUUAGUCAUUGCAAUUUAUCCCGAACAAGGACCAUGCUGCCCAUGUAAGCAAAGGGUUCAGUUAUGCAUACAAAGUAUGGGUAGAAUGGGUUCCACUUAUUCUUGAUGAGGGUAAUUAAACAAAUUGAUUGUUUUCCAAAACCUUUAACAUAACAACAAGAA